GGGUGAGGCAGAGAGAUGAGAUGGACCAAACCCCCCCAGCGUGCUCCGAGUAUCUGGUCUCAGGGAUCCGAACCCCCCCAGCGAGGAGGAACAGCAAGCUGGCCACCCUGGGCCGGAUCUUCAAGCCCUGGAAAUGGAGGAAAAAGAAGAAUGAAAAGCUGAAGCAAACGACGUCAGCGCUGGAGAAGAAGAUGGCCAGCAGGCAAGGCCGGGAGGAGCUCAUCAAGCAGGGGCUGCUGGAGAUGAUGGAGCAGGAUGCUGAAAGCAAAGUGUGCAGCCCCAGUGGAGGCCCCCGAUCCACACGGAGCGAGCCAUCCACGCCCAAGCAGGAGGCCGAGGCUUCAGAAGAUGUCCAGCUGGAAAGCCCCUCGGCCACUGGGACAAAUCAGGCUUCCCUGGAUGAGCCUCGGUCCUCAGACACCCUCUCAGACGAUGCAGCCAAGUUGCCUUCUGCAUCCAGUGGGGACGAAGCAGACGCCGGCAGCCUCCUGCCCACCCCUGACGAGCUCCCUCACGCCUUAUCUGGGUCAGGCUCCUUGGACAGCCCUCCCAGAGCCCUGGAGAGAUGCGUGGGCCAGCUCCCCAGUCCCCCGCUGCUGCCCACGCCACCGCCCAAGGCAAGCUCCAAAACCGUGAAAAACGUCACAGGCCAAGCCACACUCUUCCAAGGUCCCGCGGUGAAGAGCACGGACCCAGCCCUCCGAGGACAGCUGUCCACACCCACGGGGUCCCCACACCUCACCACCAUCCACCGGCCACUGCCGCCCAGCCGUGUCAUAGAGGAGCUGCACAGGGCGCUGGCCACGAAGCACCGCCAGGACAGUUUUCAAGGGCAGGAAAGCAAGGGGUCUCCCAAGAAGCGGGUGGAUGUCCGUCUCUCAAGAACAUCCAGCAUGGAGCGGGGCAAGGAGAGGGAGGAGGCGUGGAGCUUUGACGGGGCCUUGGAGAACAAGCGGACUGCGGCUAAAGAGUCUGAGGAGAACAAGGAGAACUUGAUCAUGAAUUCUGAACUCAAGGACGACUUGCUUUUAUAUCAGGACGAAGAGGCACUGAAUGACUCCAUCAUUUCUGGAACACUGCCCAGGAAGUGCAAGAAGGAGCUCCUGGCAGUGAAGCUGAGGAACCGGCCAAGCAAGCAGGAACUGGAAGACCGGAACAUUUUCCCCAGGAGAACUGACGAAGAAAGACAGGAAAUCCGGCAGCAGAUCGAACUGAAACUCUCCAAACGACUGAGCCAACGACCUGCUGUGGAGGAGCUGGAGAGAAGAAAUAUCCUGAAACAAAGGAAUGAUCAGACAGAACAGGAAGAAAGAAGAGAAAUCAAACAAAGAUUAACAAGAAAGCUUAAUCAGAGACCCACUGUUGAUGAAUUAAGAGACAGGAAAAUUCUGAUACGUUUCAGUGAUUAUGUGGAAGUAGCGAAAGCGCAGGACUAUGACAGGAGGGCAGACAAACCGUGGACAAGACUGUCAGCAGCAGAUAAGGCAGCAAUUCGUAAAGAAUUAAAUGAAUACAAAAGUAAUGAAAUGGAAGUACAUGCAUCAAGCAAGCAUUUGACAAGAUUCCACAGGCCAUAGAGAUUUUCUUCUGAGAAGAAUUUGUGUUUAAUUUUUGAUACCAACACUGAACAUUCAUCAGGGAACUUUCCUGAAGUUCAGCUCAAGACUACCUGCUGUGUGAGAAGAGCAGAAUCACACACUCAGGUACAAUCCUGGCCACACUUACCUACAAGAGGAGUAACCAGAGGACACACUUACUUCUUUGAUGUCUGAGAAGUGUGAACUAUUGGCGCCAGUUAAGGCCCAAAGCAACUCUACCAGAAGAAAACUGUUGUUUGCCUUUCAACCUUGUUUUACAGUUCUGCGUGUGAUAGAGGACGGGUGAAGUGCAUGUGCAGGCUCACCACUCCCAGGCCUCUGACAUGAGGGACAUGAGAUGCGGUGUCGCAGUGUCAUUUAGUAUUUUGUUGAAAAGACAUUUUUAUUCUGAUCAUGAUUAGUUGGAAAACUCUAAGUUCAUGUUAUAUAAAAUGAUUUACUGUAUUAUACUCUUUGUUUUUUUAUAUAAUGUCUAACAAAAAUACAGCUCCAACAUUUUGAUUCCUGUUAAUUUUGUUCUUUAAUUAAAUGACUACUUAUUGCAGGAAA